AUGACGAGGAAAAGACGUGAGCCCACGUCAGACCUAGAACAGGAAGGUCGCGAGUCUCAGAAAAGGAAAUUUGUCGCCUGCCAGCGAUGUCACUCGCAUAAAAUUAAGUGCUCCGGCGACUUGCCAUGUAGCAAAUGUCGUUCGGUAGGCUGUGCCGACGAAUGUGCUUAUGCCACUCGGGAUCGCCAGGUCAAAGUGAGCGAGAACUAUCUAGAUCAAAUCCUUGCAGAAAAUCAGCGGCUCAGGGAGCAGUCGUCAGCCUCGGCCAGAGCAACCGAGAUCCAUGACCCGCAAAGAGCACCUUCUCGGCCCGCAGAUGCUCCAGAUAGCACGGGAAUCCAGAACCCUCUUAUUGGAGAUCGUGCUUGGUUCCAUCGGUAUGACCCAUCCUCGCCGCCCAUCUACAUCGGCGAGGCAGCAUGCUCAGCAUUUGCAACUCGAUUUCGUCGCUUUUUGUCGGGAAACAGUGCGAUGCCACAUAUUGCACGCACUCAAUAUGAGCGGGAGGAAAAGAUCGCUGCAGCGAAUGAAGCUGAUAUACAGUGGCCAAGUCUCCACCAUGCUCGGCUACUGGUCCGGAUAGCAAUCCACCAAAUCGGGCACCUGUAUCACCUCAUGAUGCGCAAGUCAACGUUGGACAAACUGGAAGAAAUAUACCAAACACAAGACUUUGACUGCAGAGCUAGCAAGUGCAAGUUCUUUGCUUUGUUUGCCUUCGGGCAGGCAUAUUCGAUUCGGUCUGAGCCAUAUUCUGGGUCGAGGGUACCAGGGACGUCUUACUUUGCCCGGGCUAUGGGUCUGGUUCAGAUCCUCCCAGAGAGAACAAGUGUUACACAUUUGGAGACCUUGUUACUGUUGUCUCUUUUCUCGUACUAUCUCAACCGACGCCAUUCAGCAUACAUCCUGAUUGGGAAUGCCAUGCGAAUGGGCCUGACAAUCGGACUGAACCACAACAUCCCUGAGUCCCAGCUCAUCGACCCAGCCGAACGUCAGCACCGUAUUCAAAUCUGGUGGACUAUAUACAUCUUCGACCGGAUGUGGGGAUCUAAGAUGGGGCUGCCGAUGCAGAUCCUGGAUGAAGAUAUCCAUGUUGACAUACCAUCCACAAUCUCCCCUCGCUGGCGGCACGAAGAAGAGCUCUCCGACAGCGAAUACAUGACAGCAAACAUCAAACUGGCCCGGAUAGUCGGUGAGACAAUCACGAAGCUCUACAGCCGACGAAAGUACCAAGAAACCUUCCUCCAACGUGUCCAAAAGCUUCUCAAAGCCCUAAAGCAUUGGGUUGAAACACUCCCGGAGUCCUUGCGACUAAAUAUGGAAGACCUAGAAUCCAGCAAAAAGCCCGUUGUCUCCCUGCAUAUGGCCUUUAACCAAUGUGUCAUUUUGUCCACACGCCCCACACUCCUCCACCUCCUGAUCACCCUACGCCAAGCCAAACCGGCAGCAGACAGUGCCGGAACCGAAAGCGAAAGCGAAAACGAAACCGCCUCUGUGUCACAGCCAGUUUUGACGCUAAGCGAGGCAUGCAUCCAUGCAGCCCGGCAUUCACAUUCCAUGAUCCUGACCCGGUGGAUAAACGGCUCUAUGCCAACGUUCGGUUAUUUCCACGCACACUACCUAUUCUCCUCGGCAUUGAUCCUGGCAAUGUCCAGCUUCGUCCCGAUCGGCAAUCCGUCCGAUAUGACCGGGUUCGACUCUGCGCUGGACUUGCUGCGCUCGAUGACGGAGAACGGGAAUCUUGCCGCUGCGGAGUUCUGCACUAAUCUGGAGCAGGUGAAGAAUUGUCUUGAUGCCUAUCGUGGGUUGAAGGUUGGUCGGAGUGAGGGUGUCGUCGAAGUAGCACCAGCUACAAAUGUCCACCCUGAUAACGGCUCUGCGUCUGGGUUCGCUGGGCUGUCGACGUUGGCGAGUAUGACAGCUAAUAGUUCUAUGCAUGCUUUGGCACCAAACACAUCCGCAUCUGCGCCUGCGUCGGUUGCGCCAUUGAUGUCGACUCACGAAACGUUCGCUUCUGCUCCCACUGCCCAGCCAAUUCAACAAGGAAUUGAUCCAUAUUCGUUUCCAGCUCGUGAUACCGUCAGUGGGUACACCACUGAGAUGGCAUUCCUGGAGCCGACCAUGCAGGAUUUCCUCGCGCAGUCAGAUAUCGACCUCGGCCUUUUGCAUCCCGUUGAUGCCUUUUUUAACGAAGCGGAAAAUCUUUAUACAUGCCACGAGUUAUAG